AGGGAGAGGGAGACAGAAACAGAGAGGGGGGGGCUCGGCUAGAGAAUCUGUCCAGUAGUCGUUGUGAGGGAGAAGGCAAGGCUCUAGCUGAAUGAGAGAAUUACACAACAGACUGCGUGAGGGGGAGAGAGAGCGACUGGGAGAGCGAGAGCGAGAGAGAGAGAGGGAGAGAGACCGAGAGACCAAGAGAGAGAGAGGGAGAGAGAGAGGGAGCAUGCUUGACUCGCCAGGCUGAGGACAGAUGCCUUGGAAACAGCGCACGGAGGAGGGCCGAGCCUGAGCGAGCAGCCGCUCCCAGCUGAGACACACACACACACACACACACGCGCGCGCGCGUCUGUUGUGGGGAGGGUGUGUUUUUCAGCGCUGGAGCCGUGAGGAACGUGGAGGGGAUCCACCGUGUGGAAGGAGCAGCCUACGGAGCAUGGGAGAACCCUGAGCUCCUCUCCUCUCCUCCUCCCGCCACCCCGCCCCUCCGGACGGAGCACACUGCUACGUGGAGCCUCGUCUAUCUCUCGCCUUUUCCUUUUUUUCCCUCCUGCUCCACUCCGCUCCGCUCCGCUCCGCUCCCCACUGAUGCUCCCACCCUGUUGACUGGUGAGGGGCGGGGGGGGGGGGCACGUGGGGCUUCCGGCGGUGAUGAUCCUGAGCCUCAGACGGAACCAACCCAGAGGGCAACAGGGCAGGACCAGCAUGGGAGGUUAGGAGGGCAGCACAGCCAUGGGAGCCAAACAAAUGAAGUGCUUGAGCGCGUCCAGCCCGACACACGCUCCUAAAGAGGAGUACAUCAUCGCCCGUUCCGAGGAGCAGGAGGCCGCCACCGUCCAGCCGUCUGCAGAGUCGGACAUCACAAAAGAGAAUCUAGAGGCGUGCCGUACACCAGGCCCCCUCCCUGCCGCUGAGCAUGCUGGGACGGUGGAGGACUGCUCGUGGGAGGACCAGCUGUUUGCCCAGCAGGAGCAGCUGGAGAAGGAGAUGCAGGAAACCAGGAGGAUGGUCACUCGCCUGCAGGCUCUGCUGCUGCACGGCUCCCUGCCUGAGGACGAGCAAGGCGUCGCCCUGGGCUUCGGAGAGACCUGCACCAACGCCGAGCAGCAGAUGAUAUUAAUCCGCAGUCGGCUCGACCAGAGCAUGGAGGAGACUCUGGACCUGAAGAGGGAACUCAUGCGAUGCAAACAGGAGGCUCGCAACCUUCAGGCGGUCAAGGAUGCUCUACAGCAGCGCAUGUCUGCUCAGGAGGACUCCGUCCUGCAGCUGAAACAGGAGCUGCUGCGCUCCAGCAUGGCCAGAGAUGAGCUGGCCGGACAGAACGUGGAGCUACAGAGGAAGCUGGGUGACCGUAGCAGGAUCCUGACUGAAUAUAAAAAGGAGCUCGGGCAGAAAGACAAACUGCUGCAGCUGCAACAACACAAGCUGGACGAGUCUCUGAGGAAAGCCAACGCCAGCAACAGGCUGUCGGGAUGUGAGAAUAAUGGCUACAGUCACAUGAUGGAAGGUCCGCCUCCUCCCUACCCACAUAGAACAGUGAGUCCUCAAACAGGAACACAGGUCAACACAACAAAGGCUGAUGAGCUGCAGUUGGUGCGUGAUGCGCUGCGUAGCCUCAGGAACAGCUUUGGGGGUCAUGACCCGCAGCACCACACGCUGGACACCCUGGAGCAGGGCAUCUCCAGCCUCAUGGAGAGACUUCACACACACGACACAGGACAGGACAGGAAGGGCCUCACCAAGUCCCCGGGGAGAAGAGCCAACCACACAGACCGGGAAUCAUGGCCGCCCAGCUCCAAAGUGGCCCACUCCCACAGUAGCCCAGUGCUGAGUGUGUCUGUGUCCACCAAAGUGCUCUACUUCACUGACCGCUCCCUAACGCCCUUCCUCAUUAACAUCCCUAAGAGGUUGGGGGACGUGACUCUGCGAGACUUCAAGGCUGCUGUGGACAGACACGGCAACUUCAGGUACCACUUCAAAGCUUUAGACCCAGAAUUUGGCACCGUCAAAGAGGAGGUGUUCCAGGACGACGCCGUCAUCCCAGGGUGGGAGGGGAAGAUUGUAGCUUGGAUUGAGGAGGACCACACUGAUAGCAGACUGAACUGAAGGACGGACCGGAGCCAGGAGUGCGUGUGUGUGUGUGUGUGUGUGUGUGUGUGUGAGUGUGUGUAACAUUCCCCUCGUCAUUAGAGGAUUCCCAUGGACUCACGGGACACAUUCACUCAAAAUGCACAUUUGGACCGAAGCGACGGAAGAACAGUGAUGUGUGGAAUAUUUGAAAUGUACAUUGUUGAUGUGUGUAAAUACCUCUUUGUGAAUCCACACUGUGCACUUCCCUCAGUACCUGAACAUGUCAGUCCCUUACCAAGGAGUGUGUGUGUGUGUGUGUGAGAGAGAGAGACAGAGAGACAGAGAGAGAGAGAGAGAGAGAGAGAGAGAAAAAAAAGUUGUUGUUUGUGUUGACCUGUAAAUACUCAAACUCUUUGCCUGUGUUGACAUAAUUGUCUGCUUUAACAUUGUGAAUGUCGCAGUUUGAUAAAUUAUUGUCAUUCUGUCAACCACUCAGCACCUCAUUCCCAUCCAUCCACCUCACAUGUCUGAAGCAUAGGCGUGUCCAAACACAGCCAAACCGCCCUCUUUGCCUCUGUGGAGAUUGAGUCUUUGACUCUGUGUGGAGAUGGAGUCUUUGUAUGUGUGGAGAUGGACUGAUGGAGUCUUUGACUGUGUGGAGAUGGACUUACCUGCCUGAAAACAGCUGGAGCACCAGAGUAGCCAAAGGGUCAUGGAGGCGAACACACGGAAGGCUGCUGACAGGUGAUGAGUGAAGAGGUGCUCUGUCACAAAUGUACACUAUUUAUUGGAACUCUGUCAUUUCUAGGAUUUCAGAAAUGUCUGGUUUAUAAUAGGGGAAGAUGGAACCAAUGUUUUAACAUUUGUUACUGUCUGAGAAUAAAAAAAAUAUGGAUAUAAAA